AUGGAAGGAAAUACCACUCGGAUAAUUAAACCCCGUUCCGGGGAUGCAGACGUGAAGACGUUCACAUUUGACUACAGUUACUGGUCACAUGAUGGUUUUGUUGCCCAGGAAAAUGGUUACUUAGCACCAGAGAAUGAGCAAUUUGCUGACCAGAAACGCGUGUUUUCCGACCUGGGGGAAGGAAUUUUGGAAAACGCUUGGAAUGGAUACAACUGUUCGCUCUUUGCUUAUGGCCAGACUGGCUCGGGAAAGACCUACUCUGUUGUUGGUGGCUCGGCAAACAAAGGCAUCUUGCCCUUAUUUUGUGAGCGUCUCUUUGAAGACAUUGAGCGAAAGCAAGAAUCUGCAGCAGAAGGCACAGAAUUUCAGGUGUCUCUCAGCAUGGUGGAGAUCUACAAUGAGCAAGUACGGGACCUUUUGAAUCCACAAAGCGGGAGACAAGGAGGUCUGCGCAUCAGGGAGAAAGUUGACCACGGGUUCUUUGUGGAGAACUUGUUAACGGUGCCUGUUGGGAGCUACGGCGACAUUGACAGUCGAAUUCAAGAAGGGACACGGAACCGGACGAUUGCUGCUACACACAUGAACGCCACUAGCAGUCGGGCGCACACCAUUGUUGCCAUCACCUUCGUGCAGAAGGCAGUGAGCGACGGUGGCCACACCCUGCAGAAGUCCUCAACCAUCAACAUCGUGGACCUGGCUGGCAGCGAGCGAGCAGGCAACACUGGGGCCGCCAGGGAAAGACUUAAGGAAGGCUGCAUGAUCAACCAGUCUCUCUCCACGCUCGGCAAUGUUAUAAAAGCACUCGCUGAUCAGGGAAAAGGAGUUCAAAAAUCUACAGUACUGCCAUUCCGAGACUCGGUACUCACAAAAUUAUUGAAAAAUGCUCUGGGAGGCAACAGCAAGACUAUCAUGAUUGCAGCGCUGAGCCCUGCGGAUGUCAAUUAUGAGGAAACCUUAUCCACCCUCCGCUUUGUGGACCGGGCAAAGGCAAUCCGAGUGCAGGCGGUGGUGAACGAGAGCCCGACCAGCCGUCUCGUCCGUGAGCUACAGCAGGAAAACAUGCGACUGCAAGAACUGCUGAGCCAGGCCAGCGACGGCGCUGAGAAGUCUUCCUCGCCUGCCUCUUUUAAUGAAGAGUUGGAAUCCCUGCGCCAGCAGCUGGAGCAGAACCGGCGGGAGAUGGAGCACAUGGCCAUGAGCUGGGAACAGAGGCUGGCAAGCGAAAGGCUUGCACAUCAGCAAAAGCUGAAAGAGGAAAAGGAGCUGCGGGAAAAAAGGAAGGCGAUACCUCACUUGUGGAACUUGAACGAAGACCCCGCACUUACUGGCCUUCUCUGCCACUUCAUCCCAGAAGGAUCCCUGUUUAUUGGAAACGGAAAAUCGGAAAACCCGGCUGGAAUCAUUUUGCACGGGGUCGGGGUGCUCCCUCAUCAUGCCUCGGUGAAUAAUAAGGAUGGUGUUAUCAUCCUGGCACCGUCCCCAGAGGCCAGGGUGCUCAUGAAUGGCUGCCCUCUCACCCAGCCCGCCCUCUUGAACCACAAUGACAGGCUCCUGCUUGGUGCAUCACAACUUUACGUCUUGUAUGAUCCCAAAGCAGUGUCUGUGGACUCUGGAGGAGAUCGCAAGCAAACUGUAACGUUUGACAAAGCUCAGGAGGAGAUUGCUUGUAACAGUGGCCUCUGCAUGGCAGUGGGGGGUAAUUACUCCGAUGAUGCGCUGAUUUGGGAGGAUUUGCUGUCCUUGCUGCCGGCGUUGUGGGAAGGUAACGGCAUCGGAGAGGAGCUGGGAAAGGGGACGCGUUUCGAGGUGGUGCUCACCGCUUCGGGGGGUCAUGGGAAACACGCGGGCCUCGCGCAGGUGCGUGUUAAAAUGACACACCUGGCAUCUGGCCUGGAAUUCCUGCUGCGCCCGAGGGAGUUCCUGGGCAGACGGUUUCUUAUGCAAGAGAUGUACCAGCGAUACCUGCAGGGCGACAACUGGGAUCUGCCCCGGGACAAGGACCCGUUUUGGGAAUGUCCGGAGAACACCGUGUCUGUGGGUGUGGUCCAGGUCGCCCUGCAGCCUCUUUCCCACCAGCUGGCGGUUAGCGAUACUUACCCCGUGCUGGAUUGUCAUGGGCAGGAGCAGGGGCAUCUGCAUGUGCUCAUCCAGCCGUGUGACUCUGAUGGUGCGCCCAAACGCCAGCAAGUCGGCGAUCCAAACGAGCUGAUUGGUAAGCAACUGCACCUCCUAAUAAGGAUUUUGGGGGCCCGAGGUAUUCCUGAGCACUUCACUAAGACUCACUGUAGAUUUAAGCUGUUUUGUGAAGAUGAGGAUGAGACUGCAGAAGUGGCCUCAAGUAACCCUGACUACAACUUUGAGAAGACCUUUUUCUUCAGUCCUGUCACUGAGGAGUUUUUAGAUUACAUUGCAAAGUCUGUUCUCACCAUUGAAGUCUGUGGAACACAAGUUGAAACGGUGAAGGAAGACAAAGCUCAGUGUGGACAAGAAAGGAACCAAACGGGUCCAAGCAAAAACCAUAUGUUUUAUAUCCAGGAUGCUGAAACGGUGCGGCAACUGGAGGAAGCCGAGCGGAAACUGAUUGUUUUGUCAGACUUUGUUUAUCAAGCACAUCGGGAUCGUGCAACAGUUGUCUUACUGAAAGACAUCCAGACGGCACUGAGUGGGGAGACGCCAGUAUACCGCGAGCUGGUACCAGGGCCCCUUUUCCGGCGCGUGGGAGCCUCAUGUCGCCAUGACCCACACUCUGACAUCUCAACCGUCUGUGUUAUCAUAUGAUGCUCACGGGGCUACGCAGCAUGUGUUUCCCACCACUGGGCCACCUUUCUGUCAGAUUCCAACAUUCGCUGGGGAGAUGGAAGUUAACACUGAUCAUCUGAAUGCAAAAGUCUGACCUUAGCAUGUGAGCAGUAAAUAUUUUCCACCCAUAUUCGCCGGUGGCUUUAGCAGAUGUCUGAAAUGGCCUGUUAUUUAGAAAUCUGGCUUUCAUAGUUUACAGUACUUUUGAAGUGUGAAAGUAGUGAGCAUAAAUCUAGGGGUUUUGUUUCUUUCUUUUGGUCUCGUAAUGGGAAUAUGACAUCUAAGUUUUUUUCAGAAUCAUAAUAUGUAAUUAUACUGGAGGAAUCCGAUGAGAUAUAAAGCUAUUUUUCACAGCUGUUCAGUAGUUUCACAGAUGUCCAGAAGUUUUGCAUGUGACAUGCUGCAAACAGUGUCCUUGUUGGACCCAUUCAGUUUCUUGUGUGGUCAAAUAAUUAUUGUGGCCUCAGCUAAGAUAUUUUUUGAAAUCAUAAUUUCAUAAAAUGAGAUUUAAACGAUUCUGAAAGUGUGUUUGGCUGGAAGAGUGAGUCUAAACUUUAUUCUAAAUAUUAUACAAUUCUAUUUAUACAGGUAUCCCUCGAUUUGAAGCU